AUGGUCACCUCUACUGAAAAUGAAACCAACGAAGAGAUGGAGCAGAAGAUUACUGCUCAGGUCGAGUACUACUUUGACGACUUAAACUUGAAGCAGGACAAGUUUAUGAAGUAUCACAUGAGUCAAGAUGAUGGAUGGUUUCCUGUCGAAAAGCUGAUGACUUUCAACCGUUUAAAGAAGCUGACAACUGACCAAGAGCAAGUGAUCAAGUGCAUCAAAAGUUCCACUUCAGGACUGGUUGAACUGAACGAAGAGGCAACUAAACUGCGUCGCACUAAAGCUAUGCCAGAACUUUCUGACGAGUACUUUAAGGAACUGAACCUUCGCACACUGCACUUGAAGGGUUUUCCCAAGGAUUCCAUCCUAGAUGAUAUUAUGGCUUUUUGCGUCAAGUUUGGCAAAGUGCAGUCAGUUCAGAUGCGACGAAACUACAAAGGCAAAAACGAGUUUAAGGGCUGCAUCAUGGUUACCUACGUCGAGAAAGAGGACGCCGAUAAAAUGCUCGAGCAAGAGCUCAAGUACAAUGAUACUGUCUUGCUUAAGGAAAAUAAGGAGCAGUAUCAUAAGCGAAAGAACGAAUUCUAUGAAUCUUUGAAGCAAAAGAAAGCCGAAAAAGGAAAUAACGUCGAUGUGGUCAAAACCAAGGGUGCGAUUCUCAAGAUUUCAGGCAUUGACCAGGAAACUAAAUUUGCUGACAUUAAAGAAGAACUUUCCAAACACACAAAGGUGGCUUUUGUCAGUAACGUGAAUGGCCAAUCUGAGUGCACUGUCAGGUUUGCCGAGGAAAACGGCGCGAAAGAAGCUUUGAAAAAACUCAAAGAGCUAGCAGAAGACAAGUCUGAAGAGGAGACAGGCCCUGUUUCCGUCGAGUUUCUCGGCAAGAAGGUGGACUUUUCCUUGGCCAGUGAAGAAGAGGAGAAGAAGUUCUGGCAAGACUUUCAAAACAAACAGUUCGGUGGCAAGAAAACGCAAAAGUGGCAACGAGGUAAGAAGCGUUUUCACGACGAUAACGGUGGCCGGAAAAACAAAGUCUCAAAAACUGAAGCUGGUGGUGACUAA